AUGAAGAGAAAAGGAGCAAGAUCUAAGGCCGACGCUAAAUCCUCCGUCGCACAACAAAAAGAAGAUGUUCAAGUUGAACUUCAACUCAACAAAAAUAACGAAAACGAAGAUGGUGAAGGACAAGGAUUCUUCGCUUGCUACCUCUUGACCUCUCUCAGCCCCCGUUUCAAAGGCCACACUUACAUAGGAUUUACAGUGAACCCGCGGCGCCGGAUCAGGCAACACAAUGGUGAAAUUGGGAGUGGAGCUUGGAGAACGAAGAGCAAGCGUCCUUGGGAGAUGGUUUUGUGUAUAUAUGGCUUCCCAACAAAUGUGUCUGCUCUUCAGUUUGAAUGGGCUUGGCAACACCCUAUUGAAUCAUUGGCGGUAAGAAAAGCAGCUGUUGGUUUUAAAUCACUCUCAGGAGUUGCCAAUAAGAUCAAACUUGCAUACACAAUGCUUACCCUUCCUUCCUGGGAGAGCAUGGAUAUGACAGUCAACUUCUUCUCCACAAAAUAUAUGAAACAUUGUGCUGGCUGCCCGGACUUGCCGCAGCACAUGACAGUUGAGAUUGGUUCGAUGGAUGAACUUCCGUGUUAUACUGAAAAAAUUGAUGGUAUGUUAGAGAAUGAAGAUGAUGAUAACAAUGAAUUGGAAUUUGGUGAUAAUAAUGCUGGCACAAGCGGUUCUGUUCCAGAUGCAUGUGAUGAUUCUGUAACUGCUGUUUCGCCAAAAAAUCCGAGUCAUGCGGAAAACAUUAGUGAACCAUUUGAGUGGAACAAAGAAUCUGAAGCGACAGAACCACCACCAAGUCAUUUGUUUAUUCCAUUUGAAUGUAACGAAGAAUCUGAAGCAACAGAACUCGCAGGUCAUUUGUUCACUCCAGUUGAGUGGAACAAAGUAUCUGAAGCGACAGAACCACCACCAAGUCAUUCGUUUAUUCCAUUUGAAUGUAACGAAGAAUCUGAAGCAACAGAACUCGCAGGUCAUUUGUUCACUCCAUUUGAGUGGAACAAAGAAUCUGAAGCGUCGGAACUCCCAGGUCAUUCCUUCACUCCACGAGAGCACAGUGAACCAUUUGAUUCAAUCUUAUCACCGAAGGGGAAAGCAUCAUCAGUGGUCGAAGAAAUGGAUUCCAUAAGCUCAACGAAAAAGAGUAAUGCUGAGUCAAGUAAAACAGAUCCUGAACAAACAGGUGCCACUGCCAGUGAUGUUCGAGGUGCAUUCUCUGUGCCCCAUCAAGCUGAUAUAAUUGAUUUGUCUACACCUUCUCCUAGCUGUAGAAACGAUAUAGAUAGGAAGAAGAGAAGAGUUUCGUCCACAGUUAGUUCGGAGUUUAUUGACCUAACAAAGUCCCCUAACUUCAUCCAACUGUAA